AUGGCGCUCAGAAUCAACCUCCCUCCCGUUACUCGUGCCCUGCUCGCGAUCAUCGUGGCCUUGACCUCACUGUACACCAUUGCUCGAUGGAGGCUCUCCCAACCUGAUCCAGAUGCUGCCACGUCGGCCCCUCCCACCACGAAGCCCAUCGUUCCCUACCUUGCGCUCGUGCCUUCGCUCUGCCUGUGGUAUCCUUGGACAAUCCUCACGGCGACCUUUGUCGAGCAAAAUGUUGUCACCUUCCUCGUCAACGGAGUCACUGUUUUCUUUGGCGGGAAAUACCUGGAAAGAGCCUGGGGCUCUCAGGGGUUUAUCUACGUGAUUCUCAUUGCGGCGGUGAUACCGAAUCUCUUUGCGGUCCCGACAUAUAUCGUGUGGGCAACCAUAACUGGCAACCCUGAAAGAGCCUUGACGUCCAUCAACGGUGGCAUCACGAUCCAGGCGGCCUUCCUGGUUGCAUUUAAGCAGUUGGUCCCGGAACAUACCGUAAGCAUUUACAAGGGUAUGAUCAAGAUGCGGGUCAAGCACUUCCCUGCAGUAUUUCUGGCAGUUAAUACCCUUUCUGGCCUACUCCUUGGGACCGACACCGCGCUCAUUCUAGCCUGGUAUGGCCUCAUCACGACAUGGAUCUAUCUUCGUUUUUUUAAGCGCCAACCCGAUCUUUCAGGCACAAGCACCGAUGGAUCUGGUCUCAAAGGCGAUGCAAGCGAGACCUUUGCCUUUGCGACUUUUUUCCCCGAUAUCAUUCAGCCACCGAUUGCGGCAUUCUGCGACCAGAUUUUCACCUUAUUAUGCAACCUCAAGAUAUGUAGUCCAUUCUCCGACGAAGAUGUUGCGACGGGCAAUGAGCAAGCUGCUGCGAGAGGCGAGAGCGGUUUACCGAACUAUAGCAAGCAAGCACGUGGAGCACGGGGCAUGAGCAAACGCGAGGAGGCAGAACGACGGAGAGCUCUAGCUCUCAAAGCCCUGGAUGAAAGGCUCAAUGCCGCCAGCAGUCGAGCCGCGACGCAACCAUCCUCAACGACCACACCCAACCUACCUAAAGGACAAGAGAUGCUGGGACAGACAGAUUAUCGGCCAGACGAAUGA